CGCAGGACGCUCUCCCAAGAUUUGCCGGGAAAGUUAACCGCAACCUGUGUGGAGGGAAAACCAGCUUGUUGCUCUGACUGUCUUGUCCAGCUUCAAAUCUCAUUCUCUCUCAUGCACCCGACGUUCUUGAAUAAUAAUACCUUGUUCUCUCAAAAGAAAACUCUCAAAUCUCAGGGUGACUGUCUUCACGCUUCACCGUCGCAAGUUUUCCUCGUCGAAACGCGCAAAAUCUCACAACGGGUCUUCUCUCUCUCUCUCUCUGUGGGAAAAGGAUAUCUGUAUGGAAGAUCCCACGGUUCAAAGAUUUCCCGCUCAAUCAGCUCUCGGAACCCCCAUCUCAUCUUCUUCGUCUUCGGGGCUGAAUCUCACCCCCACUAUGUCCGACGAGGACUCGGUCCGUUCGCGCUACAUCGAACGCCUAAUCAACGCCAACUACCAGCCAUCGCCGUCGAGGACGAUCUACUCGGAUAGGUUCAUCCCCACCCGAACGGGCUCCAAUUUUGGGCUCUUUCACCUCCCAGCCCCGCGGCAGCCCAGCUCUUCCGAGGGCCGAAAGGACAGCUCCACCAGCGUCUAUUCCACGCUCCUACGCACGGUACUCUUAGGUCCCGAAUCUGGCGUGGUCUCGCCGGUUACACCCGAGAAGAGGAGCGACUGGACGAACUCGCCCAGCCGUAAUAUCUUCCGGUAUAAGACGGAUACCAGCCAGCCUUUGCAAUCACUUUUUCCAUUUGGAUCUGACGAUGCAAUGCCUGGGGUUAAUCAUAGCCCGGUAAAGAGUCCCCGGAAGAUCCCACAGUCUCCUUAUAAGGUUUUGGAUGCGCCAGCUUUGCAAGAUGACUUUUAUCUGAAUCUGGUGGAUUGGUCCGCGCAUAAUGUGUUAGCAGUGGGGUUGGGAAACUGUGUUUACUUGUGGAAUGCUUGUAGUAGCAAGGUAACCAAAUUAUGUGAUUUGGGCAUUGACGAAAGUGUCUGUUCGGUCGGAUGGGCUCAGAGCGGUACACAUCUUGCUGUUGGAACUAGACAUGGAAAAGUCCAGAUUUGGGAUGCAUCUCGCUUGAAGAGGGUAAGAGCAAUGGGGGGUCAUCGAUUACGUGUUGGGGCCUUAGCCUGGAGUUCAUCGUUUUUGUCUUCUGGUGGCCGGGACAAGACUAUUUUUCAACGAGAUGUACGCGCCCAGGAAGAUUUUGUCAGUAAACUCUCUGGACACAAGUCAGAGGUUUGUGGACUAAAGUGGUCGUAUGAUGAUCGUGAAUUAGCAUCUGGCGGCAAUGAUAACAGACUUUUUGUUUGGAAUCAAAAUUCAACUCAACCUGUACUGAAAUACUGUGAGCAUACAGCAGCUGUUAAAGCUAUUGCAUGGUCUCCCCAUGUUCAUGGACUUCUUGCAUCAGGUGGUGGAACUGCAGACCGAUGUAUUCGUUUCUGGAAUACAACCACAAACUCACACUUCAGCUGCAUGGACACUGGAAGCCAGGUGUGCAAUCUUGUGUGGUCCAAGAAUGUCAAUGAACUUGUCAGCACCCAUGGAUACUCCCAAAAUCAGAUAAUAGUUUGGAGAUAUCCUGCCAUGUCAAAGUUGGCAACUCUUACGGGCCAUACAUAUCGAGUUCUCUAUCUUGCCAUCUCGCCUGACGGACAGACCGUUGUCACUGGAGCUGGAGAUGAAACACUUAGGUUUUGGAAUGUGUUCCCUUCUGCUAAAUCACAGAACACAGACAGCGAGAUUGGAGCAUCAUUUCUUGGAAGAACAACAAUUCGGUGAUGAUCGUAGGCCUUCGGCUUAAUGUCAUCUUUGUCAUGGGAAAUAGUAUACAUAUGAUACUUUAUACCACGGUUUAAAAAUUUAUCAUUCUAGGAGAGACUCAAAAUUGGUCUGCUUGACCCUGCUCAAUGUUUCAAGAGAUACUCAUCACUCAAGUUGAUCAGACCCCAACACACAUUGGGCAGAGAAUUUGCGGGGACCUAACAAUUGCUAAGAUGCAAGGGGUAGUGGUGGAACAGUCCUGGUUUCUUGCAAGCUGACGAUUUUGGACUUCUUAUUCCCACUUCACCAGGUUUUUAUCUGUAGAGGAGGAGGUGUUAACCAAUUAUUUUAACAGCUCCCUUGUAUAUUUGAGAAGGAAGAAUACCAGCAUGCUUUGACCAUACUGGUGUGGCGUAUAUAUACACCGAAUCUCAAACAUAACAUUUUGUACAGAAUCAGAGAAAGCUAAAACUGUUUCUACAUUGUCCUUUUGAUUUCAGCA